UCUAGGCCGCAUGAGAGUGAUGAGGGAUCCCAUCAUGGUGAUGCCCCCGCGGAGUCUACCCGGCGGCUACUCCUCCUUCGCAGCUUAUGGCUGCGGCGCCGGCGCUAUGGUGCCUGAAACGUGCGCCGAGAAGCUUCAUCACUGCUUGGAGAGGCACGCGGCCGCGGUGGCGGAGGAUCGGAUCGGUUGGGGGCAGGUAGUGAUGGAUUGCUUCAGUUCCAUCUAUGAGGAGCAGACCGGGUCAGCCGCGGCAAAGAGGAUGCUCAAGUUCACGGCGGUGGUGGCGGCGCCUCAGAAGGGGGAACUGGUGGUGGUGGUGAAUUCCGGCGGUUCAAGGGCGGUUCUUUGGAGUGGUGGAGUUGCUCUGCCUCUUUGGAAUGAUCAUAAUAAGGGAGAUGAGAGCGUGAAAACUGAAGAAGGUGCACUAGUUUAUUUGGAAAAUUUAUCAGCUGCCUCAACACCGGCGCAACCUUCUCACUUGGUAGGUGAAGAAGAAUGUGUGAAAGGUAGCCGAAGCUGGGAACCGGAGGUGAGGGUGAUAAGGAGAAACGAUGACGGUGACGACUUUCUAAUAAUAGCAUGUGGCGGUCUGUGGGAAGUGGUUGGGAAAGAGAUGGCAUGUGAGGAAGUGUCUAAGGAGGUCGCCGUUGGAAGGGGGUGGCGGCAUUUCUCAGGCCACCGCAAUGUUGGCCGAGCUCGCCAUUGCCAAGGGCAGCAAAGACAGCAUUGCCAUUGUUGUUCUUCAACUCAAUUCAACUCAACCUAAUGAUGUUGCCUUGCUAUGCUUGGACUAGUUUUGUUGUCGU